AUGUCUUACACGUAUCCAUUGCCGGACCUGAAAGAGUACGACGUUUCCGAAAAGACUGGGUUUUUGCCCGAGGAGAUGCCUCUGGAGUCUCUUGGUCCAUACUAUGAGCCUUGGGAAAGGAUCGCCCGUGUUCUCCCGGCCCUUGUGUUGACGAAACGGGUGAGAUCUGUUGUGGACGCCUUGCCUGUACUUUCCGUGUCGCAUCUCCAGUCGGAAGCGGAAUACAGAAGAGCUUACUCCAUAUUGGGAUUUCUUGCCCACUCCUACAUCUGGGGUGUGGCUGAACCGACAAAUAGACUGCCUGAGGCUCUGGCUGAGCCAUGGAUCGCUAUAUCCGAACAUUUGAGACUUCCUCCAAUUGCAACAUAUGCCGGUCUGUGUCUAUGGAAUUUCCGUUUGAUCCUGCCCGACUCGGACACUGAACUCCUCGACAACAUCCAGACCAUCAACACCUUUACCGGAGCUGUGGACGAGAGUUGGUUUUACCUCGUGAGUGUUUUCUUCGAGUACAAAGGAGCGGCCUCGUUGAAGACAGGCUUGGACGCUAUCAAGUUUGCCCGCGAAGGCCGUACGCAGGAAGUCGUGGCAUGUUUGCAACAGCUCGCAGAGGAGAUUGAUUAUCUAGGAACUGUGUUGAUGCGCAUGGAGGAGAUGUGCGAUCCGCAUGUUUUUUACUUCCGUCUACGUCCAUAUCUUGCUGGAUGGAAGAACAUGAAAGAUGCUGGUCUUGAGGAAGGAGUUUACUAUGGAAACGAAAAGACCCCUAGAAAAUACAGUGGUGGCUCGAAUGCUCAAUCAUCGUUGAUCCAGGCCCUGGACCUGCUGCUCAAUGUGGAGCACCACUCCGUUGGCGAGGAGCAAAACUCCAAAUCAGGUGCCGACGAGAACCCAUUUAUGGCCGAGAUGAGAUACUACAUGCCAGGAAAGCACGCUGAUUUCCUUACUCAUCUCUCCAAAAUCAACAUCCUGAAUGACUACGUGCACCGACACGCAGACGAAGCUCCAGAACUGGUGCUUUCGUAUGAUGCAUGUGUCGCUAUGCUCAAAUGCUUCAGAGAUAAGCACAUCCAGAUCGUCACCCGCUAUAUCAUCAUCCAAUCCCAAAAAGCCCGUAACAUGGGUUCCGAAACGACAAGCACGUUGCGCGCAGGACUUGCAAAAUCGAAAUCGAACAAGAAGGACAUCAGGGGAACGGGUGGAACUGCCUUGCUACCAUUUUUGAAACAGUGCAGAGAUGAAACCGGAAGCACGGCUGCUGGCAGCUGGGGUAAGCGUCUGUUGACCUACAAAGCCAAGCCCGUGACACGAGCCUCCGAGUCUGAGUCCGAUACAAUUGGUCUUGCGGGACAGUGGAAGAAAGGGUCCGAUGAAGGACAUUGGUAG